AUGAAGAAGAGCAGCAGCGGUGAGGAAGAGGAGCCUCUGCUGCAGGACAACCCUCGUCGCUUUGUCAUCUUCCCCAUCUUCCCCAUCCAGUACCACGACAUCUGGCAGAUGUACAAGAAAACCGAGGCCUCGUUCUGGACCGCAGAGGAGGUGGACCUGUCGAAGGACCUGCAGCACUGGGAGUCUCUGAAGGACGAGGAGAGGUACUUCAUCUCUCACAUGUUGGUGUUCUUCACCGCCAGCGACAGCAUCAUCAACGAGAACCUGGUGGAGCGCUUCACCCAGGAAGUGCAGGUGACUGAGGCCAGGUGUUUCUAUGGCUUCCAGAUCACCAUGGAGAACAUCCACUCGGAGAUGUACAGCCUCCUCAUCGACACCUACAUAAAGGAGCCCAAAGAGAGAGAAUACCUGUUCAAUUCCGUAUCUGUUAUUGAUCUUCCUCCAGGAGAGCAUGUGGUGGCCUUUGCUGCCGUGGAGGGAAUCAUCUUCUCUGGUUCGUUCGCUGCGAUCUUCUGGCUAAAGAAGCGAGGCCUGAUGCCCGGCCUGAUGCCUGGCUUGAUGCCCAGCCUGACCUUCUCCAAUGAACUCAUCAGCAGAGACGAGCGUCUGCACUGUGACUUCGCCUGUCUGAUGUUCAAACAUCUGGUGAACAAGCCGUCGACAACCAUCACCAAGAUCAUCAAGAACGCCGUCGUCAUUGAACAUCUUAAGUUUGAGAGUAAUUUACACUAUUCAAUAGAAUUUGCAGUGAUUUUUUAAAGUUAUUUUUAAAUUUAUAAGUAAUAUGUAAUGUUACAGUA